AUGUCUUCAGCAGCCAGAACCGUCACCCUCCGACGCCUCGAAAUCAUCGCCUUCCCGCCAGCCUUCAUCCUCCUCCUCGCCCACGGAAUUGCAUCCGAGCGAGCCUUCCCGGCCCUAGGUCUCCUCCCACUAGCCGCCUCCGCGGUCCUCGGCCUCUUCGUCUUGAACCGCGAUGCCGUUGCCGCCAUCGGCUCCCCGAUACAAGCCCUCUCCGAAUCCAACAUAUUUUGGGCUGACUGCCUUCUCGCGGUCUUCCACCUCUCGUUCCUGAUCCCGAGUUGGAUUCUGUUGACGGAUAGUAUGAGAUGGGAAGAGUCCCUCAUUGUGUUGGGGACAUAUUGCACGGUAUUUAUGAUGUUUGACUUGGGCGUUCAUCUGUACAUUGUUCUGCCGCAGGCUAUGCAUUUUCUUGUCAGCCGCAGCUGUGACUGCCCCCACUGCCGCAGCGUCACCAAGACGGGAUACUUCUCGUCCACCGUGUCCGAGUACACGCCACUUAGCGACGGCGAUGAGCCAGAGAUCGUAGCCCGAGAUCUUGAAGAGGGCAACGGGGCCAACCGCAUUUGA